AUGGCGGCGCGCAUGUCCGACCCCGUCGCGGAGGCUCGUGCAGCUUCGCGCCGCCUCAUCGUCCAGCACAACUUGGACGAGCAGGGCGGGUCUAUGCUCUUCGAAUUUAUGAUGAGCUGCAUGGCCGAUCAACUUUCCGCUAUGUUCUCACUCAGCCUGAAGACCCAAACGACGCUGGCGGCUCAACAGCGCGAGAUCGAUGGUCUCACGUCAGCUUUGGCCGACGUCGCAGUGAAACUCGCCGAGAACUUCAAGCUUUCUGACCGUCAGAAGCGGAGCCUCCGGGAGGCCGUCUCUCACUUCCUCGCCCACCCUUUGCUCGGUCAUACGGGCAGGUUCUUACUGUCGCGCCUUGAUUGCCUGAGCUCUGUCACGGACCGCGCUAUGAGCUUGCCGCAGUUCACAAUCAACACCGUCGAGGAUUUGGUUGUCGGCGACAAGGAGACCGCGAAGCACUCGGAUCUGAUACAGGGCCACUUUGCCCACCGUGCUGGCGAAGAUACCUGGUCGCGCGAGCGCAUCCUCGAGGACCUAUCCGAGUUCCCGCCGCCGACACCGGCCCUUUUUGAGCUGUCUAACUUCCAACUUCCCCUCGUCGCGCCGGCUGUGAUACCUCAUCCUCCCGCGCCUGCACCUGUCGGUCCUCCGGGGCCAUUGGCGAACGCCAUGGCAGCACUCCCACCCCUGCAGAUAACACCGGAAGCUUUCAGUGCUGAGGAGGACGAGGAGGUAGAUGAUGCUCCCUACCAGUAA